AUGGAGCAAGCGUUCCGGCGACCGCAGGAGAUUCUCCAAGCCUGCGUACGCGAUGGCGACUUGGACCAAUUGCAAGCUAUGGCGGCGGUCUCACCGGAACUUCUUCAGCAAAAGUCCGCGUGGGGCACGCCCCUUGACGUGGCUGUUCGUCUCGAUAACGUCGCCGCCGCGCAGAUUCUGCUGGGGGCGGGCGCGGAUCCCCUGGACGACAGGGGGAUUGGCGAUGUGUAUAGGACAGCCAUGGAACUGGCGGCCGUAGUGGGAAAUCGAGGAAUCUCACGCCUCAUGUGGGAACACAUCGGGAUCAUGUUCCCUGAUGGGAUUGUUGACAAUGAUUACUCGGGCACCACCAAGCUGGUUGAACGGUGUCUGCUGCAGGCGGCCUCGUACGGACAUGCUGCUUUAAUAGGGGAUUAUCUGGAGUGGUCUGCCGCUUCCAUGGCACCGUUCACGUGGAGUGAUAUGGCGAAGCGUGCCGCUUUGGUAAAUGCGGCGCAUAGAUGGGAGGCGGAUGUCGUCGAGCUGCUCCUAGCAAGUGUGCCGUAUGAAAAGACCACGCUUGAUGCUGCUUUGGGUCUGGCUAUUGGGUUCAAGUCUAUGUUGCCGAGCGAGGAGACGUCAGGGAUUGUUUACGGCGACGAAGAUGAGAUCAAGCAGUAUCGUAUUUGUGUUGGAUUGCUCAAUGCUGGGGCAGAUGCAAAUGGGGUUAACCAGGGCGUGCAUCAUAUCCAUCGGGCGAUCGGCGGCAUCGUGUUGUAUGGCGCUCUUGAAGCUCUUCUCGAGAAAGGGGUAGACCCAGAUGCGAGGGCGGAAAGGGGUCGGACUGCCCUCCAGCUUCUCACCUGUCCAAUCCCAGUACAUGACCAGAGCCGAGAAACACGCUUACACGAGAAAGGAAUUCGGCUUCUUUUGCAAAAGGGGGCUUCAGUCUCCUUAGGAGAUGACGAGGGGGAAUCACCUCUUCACUGGGCCGCGAUGAACACCGACAGAGAUAUCUUUCUGCAAUAUAUAUCGUACUUCAAAGGGAUCACCCCAGUUCUUUGGUCCACGAACCACCAUGGAGAGACACUUCUUCAUUACGCUGCCGCCGGCGGAAGGUACGACACAAUCGAACUACUUAUAUCCCGUGGUCUAGAUAUAAACGCCGCCAGCGAGAACUCCUGGACACCCAUCCUCUGUGCCCUCGCGCCCACUCUCAUUGGCGACCAGGACAACGGUCGCGGGGUACCUGGGCGAAGAAAAUCAGAACAGAACGCGGUCAAGUCCGCGAAACUCCUCCUUUUCAGUGGCGCAGACACAGACGUCGUGACAGCAGAAGGAUGGACAAUCCUGCACGUCGUGGGUAGCUACCUCCAAACGGAAGAACAGCGAGCGGAUGGACCAGCCAACGACGACUACAGUGCCGCCGGCCUCGUGUACGGACUACUUGUCCCAGGGUCCUACGACCUGCCGCCCAUUAACAGUCCUGCCAGGGGUUUCGACCAACUUUGGCUAUCGCGCAUCUCGGAGGUGACAAGAAAAGGUCUCUUCGGCAGUGAACCCUGGGGGUACCGGGUAAACAAGAAUCUUUCUCUUUGCGCAGAAACGGAGACGGCCGUCGUGAAAGAAGGCCUUACGCCGCUGCACUGGGCGGCUGAGCAUGGAGCUGUUGGCGUUGCGCGGGUGUUGGUUGAUCGAGGAGCUGACUUGGAGACGAGGGAUAGCACAGGAUCGACGCCUUUGAAGCUUGCGGCCAAGUCAGAGUUCCUCAAGGAUCACGAGGCUAUUAGGGAUGCGGUAAAGAGGGUAUUGGAGCCGGGAAAUUGCUAG